UGCAGGUGCGCCACUUCCACACAGCGAUGCGCGUCAUGGAGCGCACUUUCCGAGAGCAGCUCUUCUUCCUGGUGCUGUGCCUGUCGGUGCUGAAGGGAGACUCCCGGUACAUCGAGAACAACGACAUCUCAAAAGAUGAAUUAUUCUCUUUUUUCAACCCGGAACUCAAGAGAGAAACACCUGAGGAGUUACUGUAUCGCCGACCUUUACGUUGUCUGGACAUGAUUGCAGUGGAGGGUCAGUUCACCUUCACAGCGGAGCAUCCUCAGCUCAGCUGCGCUGCCUUCUUCAUGGCAGAGCCCACCGAGGUGAUCAGUGUGGAUUUUGACAAUGUGGACAUCGACUGCAGGGGAGGGGACUUCAUCACGGUGUUCGACGGCUGGGUGAUGAAAGGAGACAAAUUUCCCAGCUCCCAGGAUCACCCGCUGCCUCUGCACGAGCGCUACGUGGAUUACUGCGACUCGGGAUCCCUGAAGAGAAGCGUGCGCUCCUCUCAGAACGUGGCCAUGGUCUUCUUCCGCAUUCAUAACGCCGGGAGCAGCUUCACCCUGACAGUCAGGAAACACAUCAACCCCUUCCCAUGUAAUGUCAUCUCCCAGUCACCAGAGGGCAGUUACACAAUUGUGAUCCCGCAGCAGCACAGAAACUGCAGCUUCUCCAUCAUCUAUCCGGUGGAGAUCGACAUCUCUGAGUUCAGCCUGGGACACAACGUCAACUUCCCCAAGAGAUCCAUGCCUAGAUGUGCAGAAGCAGGGGAUUUUGUGCAGUUACUGGGAGGAAGUGGCAUUGACACUUCGAAGCUGCUGCCCAUCACAGACUUCUGCAUCUCCUUCUCUGGUUCCACUCACAUGAAGGUCGGCUGCGACAACACAGUGGUGAGGAUGGUGUCCAGCGGCCAGUUUGUCAACCGCGUGUCUUUCCGCUACCGGCUACUGGACAGCCAGGAGCUUCAGACCAUCAAACUCAACAACGUGGAAGAUUUCUGUUUCAACAACUGAUCCCAGCAGGAUUGGAAAGUGACAAAUGUAUCAUUUUACUGCACAUUUUUUCUAAACAACUUUAUUUAGGGCAGCAGAAUUACACCACUGAGAUUUAUGAUAUAUACAGUCACAUUACAAAAAACGCAAAAUCACGGGACUUUAUUACUUUCCUUUUACAUCUUUUUAAUUAUUGUUUCCUAAAUAAAUCUUGAUGAAGUGUCCCUUUGUGUUCGGUGGAACUGCAGUUAUUUAUAUUUUUGUCUUGCCUUCAAUAUCUGUCUUCAGUUAGAUGAUAUUGUUUUUAUGCUAUGUAUGAAUUAGUGGUCAGCAUUCUUGAAAAAGAAUGAUGCUAAAAUGAAUGUUACAUUCUGAUUAUUUUUGCUGUAUAAUACGCGGCGGGAAACCGUUCAGUGUAUCAAAUGCAAGUAUUUGUUGUCAGUAUGCAGUUAAAUUUGUAUA